AUGUGGUUGCCCGGGGCUGCUCUGGGCCUUCUGGGGCUUUCCCUUCAACAGCCAUCGGCACCGCCGACCUCACAACCAAGCCCGAUCAUGUCGCCGUCGUUUGCCUUGAAGGAGUCAAGCGAUGUACUCUCUCCAAAGGAUAUGCUCUCCCUGCCAAGGCCGGGGGAUCCCCUCCCAAACAUCGCCGGCGAUUUGGCACUCGUUCCCAUCAGUCAGUACUCCUCCGACGAUCGCAAGACCCACAAGUUACUCGCUGUUGUACCUUUGGAAUCUGGAUCUCGGGAAUACUCCCUUCCCCUGCCAAAGGGCGGUGACGCUUUCUGGAUUGACUCGCGUACCAUUGCGCACGUCGUCGAAGCCGAAAGUGGAAAGAAACAGGACAUAUUCGCAGUCCCAGUCACAUACGAAAACGGCAUUGUUGCUGCCGGAGAACCUGUCCUUGUUGGUUCCUUCCCAGUUACCACUGCAGCGGACUUCUGCUAUUCCCCCUGCUCGGGAACUCUUGUAUUCUCUGCAUACGUUUACGCGGACGGCGAUUUGGAAGCAGUGACGGCGAAUGACGAAGCAUACGACAACCGAGGCAACACCGCUCUGGUGUACGAUCAAACAUUUGAACGUCAAUGGGACACGUGGGUUGGUCCAAAACACAAAUCCCUUUUCACUGUCAAACUUCAAAAAGAGGACAGCAAAUACGUCCUCAGGAAUUCUUUCACAAACGUCCUCAAAGGCACCGAGUUGAGCUCUCCCGUUGAGCCAUUUGGAGGAAAGGACGACUUUGACAUUUCGGAUAGUCAAAUUAUCUUUACUGCAAAGGACCCCAAGCUUCCCCAGGCAAUGCACACUAAGCAAAAUAUCUAUCUUGUUGGCUUUGAUGGUUCAAACCUUGUGGAACUUACCUCCGGCAUCCAUGGCGCUACCCAUGCUCCAGUCUUCAACCGCCAAGGCACAAAAGUUGCCUGGCUUCAACUCGAUGAAGAUGGCCACGAAUCAGAUAGACACAAGAUCGUCAUUCACGAUCUCAUCAAAGGCAUCAGCUUCACAGUCACCCAGGAAUGGGAUCGAUCGCCCAGUGUACUAGUGUUCUCGGAAGAUGGUGACUUCCUCUAUUUCACAGCAGAAGACGUGGCAAGGGUUAAAAUCUUCGUUCUUCCUGUGCCUCCAACUCCAGACAAAAGCACGACUCACCCUAAGCUAUCUGACCCUUAUAAGACACCCGUCGCUCUUACCGAUUCUCAUGCUGCUUCCGGCAUUCAAAUCCUUCCAAAUGGUCGCAUCAGUUUUGCAGUUUCCUCCCUGACUGCACCCAAGGAUGUCUUUAUCCUUGGCAAUCUCCGGAAGGUGGAAGUGGACGUAAUGAACAUGACACCCAACAUCUACCGCGGUGAACUUACCCGGAUCACGAAGUUUUCUGCAGAUUCCUUGCAGGGAAAGUCCCUCCAUCCAGGAGAAGAGUUCUGGUUUGAGGGCGCGACCCAACAAAUACAUGGAUGGAUUCUCACUCCUCCCGGCUAUCAGACCACGGAUAUGAAGAAAUGGCCUAUUGUAUUGCUCAUCCAUGGAGGCCCUGAAUCAUGCUGGCAAGAUUCUUGGGCUACUUUCGUUGUUAUGAUCAAUCCAACUGGAUCUACGUCUUUCGGCCAAAACCUCACCGAAGGUAUCAAGGAAGAUUGGGGCGGAAAACCAUUUGUAGACCUCCGCAAUGGCUGGAAAUAUGUAUUAGAUCACUAUCCCCAAGUCGACCCGGAGCGCGCGGUCGCCGCGGGUGCUAGUUGGGGUGGUUACUGCUAUCAAGUACGUCUCACCCCCUGGAUUCAAGGAAACCCAGAAUUCGGAUUCAAUUUUAAAGCUCUGUUUUGUCAUGAUGGUGUUUUCGAUGUCACUUACAAGGGCUACGCAACUGACGAGCUUUUCUUCUUCAAUCAUGAAUGGGGAGGACGUCCAUGGGAACCCAAGUCUCUUGAACUCUCUCGGAAGUACAGCCCAGUGUAUACCGUCAGUAAGUGGUCGACACCACAGCUUAUUGUUCACGGGAGCAAGGAUUAUCGCCUCCCGGAAACCGAGGGCAUCGCAGUAUUCCAUGCGUUGCAGCAACUGGGCGUUCCUAGCCGACUUGUCAUCUUUCCUGACGAAAAUCACUGGGUCCUCAAUCCUGGUAACAGUUUGAAAUGGCACUACGAAGUGUUUAGGUGGUUCAACCAAUAUGUAGGAAAGACAGGCUAG